GCUCCCCGGGGGCCGCCGGCCGCGAUUUUUAUUUCGCGUUUUCCUUUUCCCCGGGCAGGGUGGGGGCGGGAGGAGCGGGCUGGGGGACGAGUGCGAGCUCCUUCUGCGCCAAGGUGCAGCCCGGCGGCGGCGGCGGCAGGAGGAUGCGAGCCGAGGGCGGCCGAGCCGCGGAUCAGCUACCUGUGUGGCCCGGGCGGCCGCUGCCGGGACCUGCCGGAGACACCGCCAUGUGAAGGGGCAGACCCCAGGCCGGCUCUCCACCCCGCCUCGCUCAAUGGGAGGUGCUUUGUUUCUUGCAAUGUGUUCAUGAUCUGUUCAUGAAGGGCUUAGCACAGGAGAGAGCAGACCAAGAUUUGUUUGGCUUUACACAGGCAAUGCUCCCAAAGACUGUAUGAUAAUUCCUGGUGGCCAAAAGCGGAGGCGCAUUGUGGCCAGUACAGAAAAGGAGCAAGAACAGGAGGGCAAGAGCUUCCCGCUGCCUCUGUGGCAGAGGUACCAAGUGCGUGGCCUGUCUGCAUCCCAGCAAAGUACUGGUUUUCAGAAAGUGAGUGAGACUGAGAGCCACCUUGAGGCACUUGGAGAGGAGGAAGAGGACUGGUGCCAGCAUGGAUAAGGACAGCACAAACCUGGCUGACCAGCAGUACGAGUGUGUGGCUGAGAUUGGGGAAGGAGCCUACGGGAAGGUGUUCAAAGCCCGAGACUUGAAGAACGGCGGUCGCUUUGUUGCGCUGAAGCGGGUACGGGUGCAGACCAGCGAGGAGGGCAUGCCGCUGUCCACCAUCCGAGAGGUGGCAGUUUUGAGGCACCUGGAGACAUUCGAACACCCCAACGUGGUCAGAUUGUUUGAUGUGUGCACCGUGUCACGAACAGACAGAGAGACCAAGUUAACAUUAGUGUUUGAACAUGUGGAUCAAGACUUGACUACUUACUUGGAUAAAGUUCCAGAGCCCGGAGUGCCUACUGAAACUAUAAAGGAUAUGAUGCUUCAGCUGUUUCGGGGACUGGAUUUUCUGCAUUCACAUCGAGUGGUGCAUCGGGAUCUGAAACCCCAAAAUAUCCUUGUAACCAGCAACGGGCAGAUAAAGCUAGCUGACUUUGGCCUUGCACGAAUCUACAGUUUUCAGAUGGCUCUUACCUCAGUGGUUGUUACUUUGUGGUAUAGAGCUCCUGAAGUCUUGCUUCAGUCCAGUUAUGCAACAGCAGUUGAUCUUUGGAGUGUUGGCUGCAUAUUUGCAGAAAUGUUCCGUCGAAAACCACUCUUCCGUGGAAAUUCAGAUGUUGAUCAACUAGGAAAAAUCUUUGAUGUAAUUGGACUCCCAGAAGAAGAGGACUGGCCUAAUGAUGUUGCCCUUCCAAGAAAUGCUUUUACUUCCAGACCCGCACAACCUAUUGAGAAAUUUGUACCAGACAUUGAUGAAGUAGGCAAAGACUUGCUUCUUAAAUGCUUAGCGUUCAACCCAGCCAAAAGAAUAUCUGCAUAUGUUGCCCUCUCUCACCCAUAUUUCCAUGAUCUGGAGAAGUUAAAGGAGAAUCUGGACUGUCACGUGUCAUCCAGCCAAAACUCCAGUGAGGUGAAUGCAUCAUAAGUGCUGACUGAAGAUGAACCAUAAAUGAACAAGACAUGUAGCUGACAAGGCCACUGUCCCAUGCAAACCACAUAGCUGUCCUAGCAAGAUCAUUAUUUGGAGGUUUUAUGCACUUAUCUUUUAUUUUGGGAUUGUGAUGUGCUUAUCCAUGGAAAUCAAUCUAGUUUACUUUUAUCAGAGCAAUGCAAGGGCCAGGGCUUCGACCUGCUCCUGUUGCAGCUUUAUGUUUGUUUUGGUUUUGUUUUGUUUAUCUACCUGGGAAAACUCCAGACGAAGAGAAGCUGCUGACCAGUUUUGCUGCCAUUUUAUCCUUCUAAUAUUGAAUGCUGCCAGUGUUUGAUGAUCGAGUCACUGCCAAAAUAUGAUGCAACCUCUCUCUCUCUCUAGCUGCUGAAGCAUGAUUUGGUACUUUAUUAUUGUUAUUCUGUGAUCUUUAAAGAAUGGCAUUGAAAUACCAGAUCUCUGCAACCUGCAGUUAACUGAUACAUGCAUUAAUACAUCCAGCUACUGUUCACUCAUAGCAGAUAUGCAGGUGCUUCCCCACUUGAAAACCUGGAUGAAUUAAUUUAUCAUUUUGUUGCUCUAUAAAAAUAACAGUGAUGAUGAUGAUCAUAAUAAAUGUCUCAGCUUUUAGGUUUUUUCAUACACAAACGAGUUAUUAUCUAGCUAUGUUUGUGUGCAUGUUUCAAAAAACUGUCCUGUUCUUACUAUUUCGGUUUCCAAAUGGUCUUUCUGUGUUGAAAUGCAGACACGUUUAGUCCAUCAUCUAACCCAUCAUUCCCCUCUGGAAACAGCUGCAAGCAUAUUUUCUUCAUCUCAUUCCAAAUAAUUUUCUGAUGUCCAGCUCAAAGACAUGAGCAGAGCCAAUGAAAAUCAAUACAGAUUUUCACCUUCAACCUGUUCUCAUUGUCAGCCAAAAACAAAAAUAGAAGAAAUAUUUCUAGUUCAGAAGCAAGAGAAUCCUAUACCUGUAAUAAGCGCAGAGCAGUUUUUGUGCUUCUGUACUCUGUAUACUGUGCUGCCUUACCUGCAAUACCCCCCAAUGCAUCACAAGUGCAUGAACAUUAAUGCUCAAAAUCCCUCACAUGUCACUUACUAAGCAGGCUUGUUUUCUAUGCAGAAAUGCAUGACCUUGUCUCCUAAACCACCAUGUGGGGAUACUAGCACAUGCCUCUCCACUAAGGUUAAUGUGCCAUUAUUGAAUGUCAAAAUAACUAAGCAAUUUACUUGUCUUUAUAGCACAGUUAUUUUAAAUAUUACCUGAAAUUUUUAUAUUUAGUGUUUUUACCUUAACUAAAAUAUAUUUUCAGUAUUUUGAAAAGAAACUUUUAUUUUUUUAAUACUGUACUGGGGAAAAAGAAAUAUUUUAAAUCCAUAAAAUCUGUUCUCUAGCUGUUCAGUGCAUUUACUUGGGCAUGACUUGGGGGAAAAUAUUGGUCCAAUGAGUAUAACUGAUGCUAAGUGAGGCAGCCAGCUUUGCUUACUCCUGUGACAGUCCCUUAGGCUUCUCUCUUCGUCAUGUCUAUUUCAUCUUGUCUAGGUGGUGAGCCAGCAUUAUAUCCUUGUGCAUGGCAUGCUUGGCAGAAGCAGGUCCUUAGCAGUGAGUUGGGCAAUGUAACUUUUCCAGCUGUGACAGGGAACUUGCAGCCAUCUCACGGGCAGGUCUCUCACUCCUGUGGCAAACUUCACUGUUAACUCCGUUUCAGGUAUCUGUGCUCUCUGGGUCAUGGUCCUCUGCUAGGAUAGUACAUGGGUCUUAUCUGUCUCCUGGAUAAAGCUUUUUGUUACUGUUAGACAUUUCAGUGUGUGAUACAUGGUUAAAUUAGGUUUACUUUAAACAAGCCAGAUUUUAAAAGGACCACUUGCAUGCUUGCAUGCAGUGGCCUGUGCUUUUCUUUAAACCCAAAAUGAGCCUAUGCAAAACUUAACCAGCAUGCACAGGCAAGUUGCAAAUUAGGCCUGGAAAGAGCAUGCACAAAGCAUCUGCACACAGAGAUAUCACAGAUCUGUAACGUCAGAAUUUCGGAAGCUCUGUGAGCAGGAAGCUGAAGGCCAGGAAGCUGUCACAGCAGCAAACCUUCUAAUCUUGGCCUUGCCUUUGUCAUUCUCUUUGUUCCUACACCCAAAGGGAACUGCAGACCUACUGCACUGGUGUUGUCCAAACCCUAUUCCUGUAUGGGUUGGUGGACCCAAGUGUGAAUAAUUUUUAAAAUUCACAGAGAAGGAUAGGCCAGAGUGAAUUUUUUGCUAGAGGUUUUUAAACACUAAGUAGAACAAAAAACAGAGCAAAAAGUCUGGAGACUCUUGCAACAUAGUAAUUAGAAAAGUGUUUUACUGAGUUUAGCACUUUUGAAAACAUUCCACAUUUUAAGUAGCAUGGAGCUAUCUGUCACACAUACCUUAUCAGGGCAUUCAGCUGGUGUGCCUUCCCAGCAACUGCUCAGGGAACUCUCCCAGAGCUCUCCACCAACUAAUACAGGGUGAAAAUAUAGAGGAGGAGAUGAUAUUUUCCAAAUUAGGCUUAAAACUCGCAGAUAGAAAUGUGCAUCUGUUCCAUGUAAGAAUCUGUUCUAUUAAGCUUAGCAAAGCUAAAGAAUAGAGGAUAUGGUUGCUGAAUGUAGAUACAUUAUUAGGGUAAAAACAGAAAGGAGCAGAGAGAAUACCUAAAGCCAAAGGUUAGUGUUGGCCCAAAAACUAAUGAGAAUGUGGAAAUCACCAGGAAUUUAACUACUGGAGCAGUAUUUCCCAAUCAUAGUAUCAAAGAGCUAAGCAGCAGAGAAAAACAGGGGCUGGCUUAUGGAGUCAGAGGCAGAGCUUCUGCAACAUGGUGCUGUAUGUUGUCUAAUAUAGUAGGAUCAGGUUAUAAAUGAGAGUAUUCAGGAGAACAGUUUGCAAAGGGCUGCAUUAAUGGUCACAUUCUGGAACAUCUUUCCAGUGGGAAUGGCAGGAACAAAACCAAGAAAUCUAAGAAUCUUGGCAGGGUUAGGGAAAAUAUUUCUCUAAUGGGGUCCUUGUGGUAGCAAGGGCCUGGAUUCAAAGGACCAACAAUUUUUCAAAUUACCUCCUUUUCCAAAUCUCUUCAGGAAGAAAUUCCAUUUCACAUGCCAUAGGCUUAAUCAUAUUCCAGUCUUCCCUGCCAAACCAUGUGGGGCUUCACUUACACUAGUAAACUGAGAAAGCCUGUUCUCUGGCUGGGCAAAGCACUGUCGUUGGCUAAUACCAUGCCAGGAAUCAUAUUUAUAAUUAGACAGCACAGACAGCUAUGGGACUGUGCUCAAACCCAUGCCCUUGCUCUUCUUAUGUUACUGGUAUAGCUCUAAUAUUUUAGUACCUUUACUCAUUACUGCCAUAUGUGUAGGAUGUAGGAAUUGUGUAAGUGAAAAAGAAAGUGCUGUGUUGAAAACUCUUUGUACACCUUUAACGAAGACUUCAGAGUGCAAUUCUUCUUAGUGAUAUCUAAACCUGUAUGUGUUCUCUUCUGCAGGAGUGGUUCAACAGCAGCUAAAAAAUGCUGAAUAACAAAAGAUGUGUUAAGUACAGCUCCUAGAACACCCACAGCCAGGCACUGUGCUCUUCUUAGCAGAGAACAGGGUGUUCUAAGUAAUGGAAGGAGAAAUUUCUAUCUCACACCAACCUUUUUUUUUUUCUUUUCAAUCACUACUACAUAACUGCAGAAAAAAACAGACCCAAUAGCCAAGGGAAAAAAUCACCACGAGCAGCUAGUGAAGUGCUAAUUGCUGAACCAUCUGGUGCAGCCCUUUUCCCCCUGUCCACACUCACACCAGCCUUCCCGUUCACCUCCUUCAGCUCCCUUAUGUAAACAGAUUUCAGUGAUGCUCACAGGUGCUAUUUCCAGCAAGGUUCUUCCAAAUUUUCCAUAGCUAAUGUCAAUGUCCCCUCCAUUCCUAUUACUAAGUGUUGCUUCUUUUAGUCUCACAGCCUAAACCAGUGAUGAGACAAGAAGUUUGUGCACCUCCUUGCUUAGGCUUAGUUUCAUGUACCCUUCAUGUACUAAGCUUAGGCUUAGUUUCAUGUACACAUUGCCUUCUGUGUGGUUAGUGUAAUUCUAAAAAUAGGAUUUGUGCAUAUUUCUGUGUAGGCUGUGUCCACACUCCAGGUUUCUUUCAGCGUAUUAGUCCACAGUGAUGAAUAAAAGAGCAUCUUUCCCUGUUGUUUCUGUCCUAAAACAUCAAAAAAUGAGGGUGUCAUGUUUGCAGAAGGAAAAAAGAAAUGUAGGGCUAUGUGUACAGAGCAUUUUUAAAGAAAGGAAUCACUAAAUUGUAGCAUUUGAACAUCUUCUGCAUGGGGGAGGGUUUCCAGCAUGGUAACUCUUAUUUGGUUGUUAUACUCAGUGGUUACUUUGGUGAAUAAGAAGAAAAUAUUGUGCCUUGCUGCUUUUCACAGGUUCACUCACUGUCUUUGAGAAGCAUGUUUUAUUAUACAUAUAAUUCUUUCUGCUGUUAGGUAUUAAACCAACUUUAAUGUGGAAAAUAAAGUGAAAACAUGCUGGUUUGGUCUUUCAGCCAGCAAACUAGGAGCACUUACCUGACUCAACUGAAAACACAUCAGUUGUCAAAUACAUACAUGAGUCAGAAACCACACAGUUCGGUUUAAAAGGCCACAUAAAUUAAUUAUGUUCCAUGUAUAAGACACAUUUGAAUAAUGAGGAAGUUUAUUCUAAGAACUGUUUUAUAGAACCACUUGGCUAGUAUUUUUCAUAUGCAGUAGGUUCAGGAAUAGAUUGACUUUUAUAUACAAUGUGAAUUAGAAGUUACUAGGCUAUUUGAGUGAUUUUGUUGUUUUGUGCUUGAAGCUUGAAUUGAUUGCAAGCUUAGGAACCUAACAUAUUUAUUUUAUUGCUUCAAAACUGCUUCUAAAUAUCAAGAUCUAUUCUGAUGUUAACAGGAUUUCACACUUUUUUUUUAUGUGUAAAUUAUGUUCUUGAAAUUAGUAUGUUAGAAAAGGCAUUUUUCCAAACUGCAUUAGUGGGGGAAAAUUUUAAGAAAUUUAUUUUUACUUUCACAGAGAGGUGGACUCUUCAGUAACUGACUAUCAAUAAGCUAUACUUUUACUUCCUUUUAAUUACUAAGCCUUGAGUAUACAGGUUACUUUCAAUGAAGAAAAAAAUCAGACUCUCUAGAAAAUUAAACGAGAUUUUGUAUGUUUAAGCUUCCAAGUUAUAUUUUCAUAUCCAUUUUUUGUGCAAGUACAGUUCAGAUGUACAAAAAGCAUGACUACAGUUUUAGUAGUAACAGGCUGUACAACUCAAAUUGAGGUUUUAUUUGUGAGAUGUUUAUUUUACUUUAUUAUCUAUCUGUGUCUUGCAAAUUAUUAGAUAAUGGCUGUAAUACAAUUCUAGUUUCUGGACUAGACUCUGUAACCAUCAAAUCUCAAUAAUUUGUGUAAAACAGAAAGAAGCUUUCUCAUCGAUUCUAAUUAACUAGGCCAUUAAAAGAAGAAAGAUGUAGACAUACAAACUGACAAAUAUACAUUUGCCAAGUGUUGCUUCUUCCCUUUAGUUUGAAGCUUAGCAAGUAUUGCAUACUGAUCUGCAAUACAUAUACAAUGUAAGAACCAUAAAGACCACUUAAGAGUAGUGUGCACAAAUAAUAUGAAAAAUGGCUCAUUAGACUCUUUGAGAAACCAGCUGAAAAUCAUUACUUUAGCUGUAACACUCAAAAUCUUGAAACUCAUACAUUUUUCCAUUAAAAAGUAUUCCUGAAAAAUUAUGUGUAUGUUUUUAAUUCAGUGAUAGGCACCCAAACAGAACUGAAUCAAGUGGGAGCUUGUUCUCAAAAGUGAUUUUUCCAGGCUGAGUAGAUACCAUCAGUUCUUCAUGUACUCAUCAGAAACUAAAAUUAACCAGCACCAUUCUUAGAUGAGCCUUUUGCUUUCUGGGCAGAAAAACCCGAGGCUGCUGUUAGUAAAGUUAGUAGAAAAUUGUCUUUGAGUUAAAAGUCCUGUGGAAGCUUCUGCAAUAUUCAGUUUUCCAGCUUUCAUCAAAAGACUGUGCAAAACAGCAAAGAUAAAUCAAAACUCCUUAACCAUAUGGUCUUUUCACCUUCACAUUACAUAUUUUGUCUGUUCUGGGAUAUAUUGAUGGGUUUUAUCCAGCCCAAUGUUAAUGAGACUUUUGCAAGGCUAGAGAAAGUAAAAAGAACUUCUACUAUUGUAUUUUGAUUGUUGGUGGUUGUGGUAGAGCAGAUUAUUUUUGUUUCCAGAAAGGGCCAGACAAAAUAUACUACCUUCUUUGAAAAAGAAGAAAAAAAAAAAUAAAGGUGCCCACAAACAGCUGACACUUGGUAAAGAUUAGAAAGGAGAUUUUUAAGAAACUGUGAGAGAUGUAAAUGCAAGCAAUGUGUAUUAAAUACACAUUGAAACUGAUACUUUUUCACUGACUUUGCAAAGUUGAUAGGGUUUUAUAGAAGAAAAGCAUCCAAGUAUGACUUUAUUUGAACUACCACUUAAAUGUUCAUUUGCACUAAAGCAACCUGUACUGUUUGAAAGGAGAUGGAAAAACACAUCAUGUUAAACUUGUGAUUUACUUUGGUGCCUACAAGGAUGUGUUGUAAAGCUCUCAAGCUCACUGUCCAUUUUUGAGCAAGCCAAAUUCUCAUUCACACUAUUUACUUUCUGCAAAUACAUCCACAUGCCUGAAGAAACUACAUUUUGUAGUGUUUACAUGGAUACUUGCUCACAUUGACAUGCUCAUGUUAAAUCCAGACAGGGGACAGUCUCUGCCACUGAAUGGAAAAUGAAUUUUCACCGACUGACAAAUUCCUUUGUACAAUUACUCUUAAGGGUUUGAAAUCAAUGUUCAGUGAUAUGGAGCCCUUCAUUUUAUUCCAUGUUUCACAUGUGCAUCAUGUUAUGCUAAUUCUCAGCCUUUAAAAAAAAAAGUAAAACCCUAUUUCUUUUAUGGUAGGAUUGAUUUUGAGUAGCUAGGUGAAGGAAGAACAUCAUGAUGUGAUGGAAAGAGAAAAAAACGGGCAGAGAGCAGGAGAGUUGGCAAGUGAGUUUGACUACAUGGAAGAGUUAUUUAUAAAUAUAAUAUAAACAUAAGGGAAAGACUUUGUUCCAGUUGUUUUGUUUUCUCCUGUCAUACAAGAUGAUAAAGCAAGACUCAUGAACGGGAUUUUGGUUUCAGAUACUUAUGCCAACUCAAGUCGUGAGUUACAGUGCACUUCUUCAACAUAGCAACAGCUUUAUUUUUUUCAUUUUGCAUAAGCUAGAGCUUUUUCUGGGUAGAUAUAAAAAAAAGUCUUGUGAGGGAGCUUGACAGCAGAUUAAGCUGUCCACAGAGACAGUGCCUGUAGUUCAGCUGCAGACACUGGAGAAUGUACAGCUCUGCCACAGGAGAACCACUGACAGUGUCUAUUAGUGUGAAGUGUUCUGCAUUAGAAGUUGACUCCUGCUGCAGAGUGAAAAUCCUUUGGUCAUCCAAAAUGGCAUGGUUUUGUACACUUGGAUUUUGAUGAGGCUAUCCACAUACAAGUUUUGCUGCAUCAGUUCAGGUGGUUCACCAUCUUACAGGAGCAAGUCUGAGGGCUUAGCAAGUGUGUCUGACACCCAGUGUAAAUAAUAAUGCAAAAUCAUCUGCCGUGGGAAAAGAAAAGACUUUUUGUACGUUGUAGACUAGGAAUGAGCUUUCUGAGCUGCUCUGCCAACUGGAGAGCUACUGUUAACUAUUAUUAUGCCAGCUCCAAAAAUGCAGAAUAGGAAGCCUGCAUGACACUUUGUUGUGUUCAGUCUGUGUGCAUGGGUGGCAGGGUAAGUGCUGGCACAGAGUGACUAAUUUUGGUCCUUCCAUUAAGCAUGAACAACUGGGCUUGGCACAGAGACAAACUUCACAGUUCCAGGGAUGGGAAACCUCUAAUUCUCCACAGUCGUUCUCUGGCUCUUGUUAAAUACAUAUACUGGUAGACCACUCAGCCAUUCAAGCAGUCCUUUCCUUAUGCCAGAUCAUCCUUCUGUGACACUGUGAAGGAAGCCUUGAGGAGUCCAUUCCUCAGCAGUUUUCCAGCUUUCCUGUUUCCUCUCACUGCAGCAGCAAUUACCUCUCAUUUGUAUUUGACCCUGAUGGUGCUUUCACUACCACUGAAGUAGCUGUGAGCUCAGUUACUGCCUUGUGACUCCAAGCUUCCAGUCUUGGCCAGCCAGUGAUUUGUACUCUAGUUUUUCCUUGCUUCUCAUUAGAAGCAGGGAAGUAGUACAGUAGAAUAUGGCAAAAUGUGUGCUACUUUCACACUUUUUCAUUCAAGCAAAGCAAUGAGCUGGAAUAGAUUAUAUUGAACAUAAUGUUCAGUUGAUCAGCAAAACCAAUUUUGGAUUCCGAAGAUCAUUGACUAAGUACAGAAGAUCCCUGAACAACUGUCUGUGAUGCACAUUUGUACAAAAACACACAAUGAUGCUCCUCUUAUACAGAAGCUUUUGAUGGAUACAAGACUAGAAGUGCCAGCCUCCAAGUGCCUGCUUACCCUGCUUCCCCUCACCUUCCCCAAGAUCACUAUUCCCAGGAAGAGAAUUCCUCCCAGCAUUGGGUGGAGCAACUGUGAAACAGUCCCCAGCUCUCGGGAUAGGUUGUGUUCAUGCAAGCUCAUUCCUUCCCUUUUGGCUGUGGCAGUGUAAAGUACAGAGCUCUGCCACAAGUACUAGGCACAAAGAGACCUUAAACAACAAAAUAGUCUCCUGAGGAAAAGUCUUCCCUGGAUCUUAAGGGGAUAGUAUGUUUACUGUUUCUAUGACAGUUGACUUCUACUUUUUGCAUUUUAAACAGCAGUGAUAUAAGAACUCCCCUAAGGAAACUCCCACUACACAAAAGGGACGAUACUGAAUUGUGGGCAUUCUGUGGGAAAAGACAAAAUGUUGUAUUCUGGGUAGAUUAUAUGUAUAUCAAACAAUCAUCUUUCAUCUGUGAUAGAGAAUAAUCCACCAAAGUGGGAUUAAAAUGUAGCCUGACUCUGCAGCAUGCUAGUUAAAUAAGUGUUUUUCUAGCAAGGCCAAAACCCACCAUGAUUUCUUGCAGGGACUUUGAGUCCCUUUUAAGAAAGAUGGCUGUAACCGUAGGUUGCACCUAUAACAAAAUGUACUUCAGAAAUUGGAUGCUGGGAAGACGUUUGUGGAUGUGAGGCUGUAGAAGGUGGCUUAUGUAAGCUCAGGGGGGAUGUGCUUGUGUGAAAGUAUUGGUUGCCAUGCACAUUUUGAACUGAAGUUAUCUAUCAGAACAUAAUCAUGAGUGCAGUAUCAUGAGAUUAGAGGUUUUUUCUCUUAGAUGUGUAGCAACCCUGUGGCGUUCCAGCUCUGUUUUGUUUUGAUUUGAUUUAUUUCACCUCUCCACUGCCAUUCCCCUUUCUGUUGUGUGUAGUAAAUUGAAAAGAAAAGCAUUACCUUAUAGUUUACCAUUUCAAAAAGAGAGAAGGCCAGCAGUUGGAAAAUCUUGAUCACUGUGGUUGUCAAUAUUAAGGGAAUCAUAAUGCUGAGUUGGAAGGGACCUGUCAGGAUCAUUGAGUCCAACUCCAAGAAUCACACCAUGGGCCUAAGAGUGUUGUCCAAAUGUCUCUUGAACUCUCUCUGAACCAGGCUUGGUGCUGUGACCACUUCCCUGGGGAGUCUGUUCCAGUACCCAGUCACCCUCUGGGUGAAAAACCUCUUUUUGAUAUCCAACUUAAACCCUCCCCAGCUUAACUUUGAGUCCUGUCACUGGUCAUGAGAGUGAAGUUGUUUAGUUCCAACAAACAGAAUUCAACAUCCACGGCAUCUGCCUUUCAUUAAGCGCUGUUAAAAACCUGUCAUUCUCCAUAGUGUUCAAAAUCUCUUUGCCAGGAGUUUAAACUCCCUUCCUACAGCCCAUUUGGAGUCACAGCAAUGUGAGCAAACAAAGUUUACAUUAUGAUGGUGCUUUUCAGUAAGAAGUGAGAGCCAGUUCCAGUUGACACAUGGACUGAAAGAGUCUCAAGGACUCUUAGCCAGGCACCAUUCAUAGGCAAGGCAGUCCCUUCUGCUAGGGCAAGAAACAGAUUUUAAAACACUUAAGAUAGGGAAAAUAUGAAGAUGCCAUUUAUUUUUCCAAUAGAAUCUGUUUUCUGCACAAUGCUGUAUCAUUUUGGCACUGAAACCAAGACCGCAGAUGAACAUUGAUUUGUUCCUUGCAGUCUUUAAUUUCCUUAUAAAUUCUUUACAAGCAUUCAGAUUAAUGUAUUUAUGGUCCAUUUCAUUCCAAUUCAUUUAAGUGGUCUAUAUCUGCCCUUGAAUCUCAUAUGAAUUGUAUUGUUAAUACAAUAUUUUGCUGCAUUACUUUGAACAGCUUUAAAAAUAUAAUGUCUUUGAAUGCUCUAGUUAAAGAGAAAUUACACCUUCAAAAUGCUGUGUUACAAGUUGGAACUGUAUACUUUGGAAGUGAUGUUUAUAUUAUAACGCCCAAAUGCAUCACAGGGUGCUUUCGUCUGUAUGUCUGUCUUCUACUUUCUGUGUUACAGUGUGUAUUUGUACUUCCUCACUAACUUGAUACUCUUCAGUCAAAGGCCUAAAUCUGCAAAGACAUGAAUACUAUACCUCAACUGAGCAGAGCAGAGGGGGCUUACUCAUGUGAGUGUAGUUGCUCACAAAGAGUAUUUGCAGAAAAAGGCUUUCCUUUAGGAACUGACUGUAAUUGUGAGGACACAUGGUUAAUAACAGCACCACGACACCAGUAAAUAGGGUCUGUGUUUAUUGAAAAUGUGGACACAUUUAUCUUCAAGUUAUUUGAUGUUAUUCUAAAUUAUUGUUAUUAUGAUUUAGUAUAUUAUUUUGUAUGAAAACACAUUAGUCCUGUGAAAGGGUAGUUGCAAAAAAAUGUGUUGAGUCUUGCUGCUUUAUUGUUUAUUUGCAUUUAGUAUACAUUUUGGUUGUUGAAGUGAAGCUAGCUUCUUAGAGAGGCAGGUAGAUAGAUCAGUCUGAAAAAAUCAUAAAUAAGUGUCAUACCGUGCAUUGAGUUUUGCAAUUAGAGUAGUAUAUGUGUUCAGAUUUAGCAAUUUUUAUGCUUUACAGAAUUUUUGUUUGUUUUAAUAUGUAAAGGAAUAACCAGAUUUCUUUGAAAUGCUAUUGUAGAGCUAAUUUUACACAUAGUGGGGAGAUGUUGUCUGAAAAACUAAAAUUAGAAAACAUUACAUAGGCUGCCUUUGGCUUUAGUUUGUUUGUAGAAGGCCCAGCAGGUAUCUGUUGAUUCCAGAUGCUUAAGUCAGGGGUCAAGUUUGCGCAGCAUCUUGUAACUGAAGAAAGUUUUCUGCAGUGAUAAAGUUGCCUAUCUGGGCUUGAAGUAAGAUUGCUGUCUAAACAAAAGCAUAGAGGCAGCAAAUAUAGGUGCUGGUUUGUUUGGGUGUUUUUUUGUGCAUGGACAAUUGCAUGAAUUAAGGUUGGAGAUUCAAAGUAUUUAAAAUUAUUUAGCAUGAUUUACUCUUGUUGUAAUUCCACUGACUACAGUUAAACCGAGAAUUUGGCCUUGUAAGUCUGCAAAUUUCAGUGUCAGGCAGCUCAGGUCUAUAUAAAGAUACUUAAGCUUAAGUAAAUCAACAAGAAUACUUUAUAAAUUGUAAUGUGUGAUAAAAAUCUUAACUCUAGUUACAUUAUUUCUCUAAAAAUUUCUGUUCAUUGCUUUUUUUAUAUAAAAGGUCAGAAUUGCAUUUCUUAGUGGCAUUGGGAUAUAUGGAGAAAAGCAGGAUGCUGGUACAGAAAUGUAUCAGAAAUAAGAUUCAGUUCUUGCUGCUCCAUGUGUGCCUAUCUUACAUGUGACAAAUCCCACUGAAGUUAACAGAAGUCAUAUAAAGUUAAGCCUGUUUGUAACUCUCAUGAGAUACUGGUUUAAGAAUCUUCAAGAUAAGUUAUGUUCUCAAAAGGCAUUAUUAAACUUGUGGUUUCAGGUUUACAGUAUACUAUGAACAGUGACAACAGCUUCUGAGACACAUCCAGAGUAAUUUUAUUAAUUGAUAUUACACCAGACCAACGUGCAUUAGCAAAUCAAAAUCUCUCUCAGUACCUUCAUUUCUCAUUAAAAAAAAAAAAUC